AAAAAAGGUUAUCCCUGGUGUUGUAAACAUCUUUGUCAGCUGCAGACAUUAAUCGGCAUCUUUAUUGGUCUAAUAGCAUUCAAACUAGCCUGGGUGAAUAACACAAUCAAACAGUUUUAUUAUAAAUUUAUUUAUUUUGUCAAGUUCAUUUUUCAUCAGUAUUUUCCCUGUUUGUAAGAGCUGCUCAAUGGAGAUGUCCUAAUAAACUAAACCCUUAGAUAUGCUACUUCUAUUUACAUUUAUCAAAUUAAAUUGGCUGUAACAGACAACAGUUCAUAUUAACUUGUGUUUUAAUGUGGGAAACAAUAAGUUAAAACAUUAUGAAAACCAGAACACCAGAACCAGAUCUGGAACUGCCACUGUAAAACCUUCUAGACUUGACUUGUGAACAGCUAGGAGACAUUAGAAUAGUGACUAAACACAUUUUUGUUGCAUUGUUCUAUUUGACAGCUAGGCCUUACAAGUGGUUGUGCGAAUAGACAUUUAGUUAACAGUGUUUAAAAAGUGAUUUUUUUUUUCUUUACAGGUUUGAACUGGACUCUUAAAGAAGGGUUCAUGUGACAGGAAGAGUUUCUGGGAAGUGAAGUAAUAAGUGUGUUGUUGCUGGUGGAAUACAGUUUGACCCAAGUUUGCUUGUUUUGAGUUAGAGGACUCUCCAUAGAUCACCUUGACGUAGUGUUUUGUUGGUUUGUGGAUUUUAAUCAGUAAAAUUGCGAUGGCGUCUGACAUCAGUGAAGCGUCAUCAUCCACUGCAGACCUCAAGCUGCAGUUCGCCCCCUUCAGCAGCGCUCUGGAGGCAGGAUUCUGGCACCAGCUCACUCAGAAGAAGCUCAAUGAGUACAGAUUGGAUGAGAGCCCGAAGUGUAUCAAAGGGUACUAUUACAACGGUGAUCCGGUCGGUUUGCCAACUCGUCUGACAUUGGAGUUCAGUGCAUUUGAUGUCGAUGGUCCGACCCCYGCUCGAUGCUGUCCAGCUGUUGGAACGUUGCACAACACCAACACACUAGAUGCCUUUAAGAACACUGAUAAGAAGGCUCUGCUGGAGUUGGAGGCCGCUGAGAUCUGGGAUGCUAUACGGUCUGGAGCUGCAUUAAAGAACCCAUCUAUUCUUUGCAGAUUUAUUCUACUGACCUUUGCAGACCUGAAGAAGUACCAUUUCUACUAUUGGUUCUGCUUCCCUGCACUUUGUUUCCCAGAAGGGAUAAAGAUUGUCCAACAGCCCGUUGUCUUGGACCAAGUUUUAUCAGCAAGACAGAUCACAGCCCUGCGGGAGGCAUAUGAUGGCCUGUGUGUCAGCAGAGGGACCACUGCCGUUCCUUACUUCCUAAUGAAAUACACCGAUGACACCAUUCACAUGGCUCCACUUGAGGAAUGGGAGACAUUUUUCACAGAUACUGAAAAGGUUACUGUGGGCGUUUACGAUCCGUGCACUCUAUCUCAACAUCCUGGCUGGCCUUUGAGAAAUCUUUUGGUCCUCUUGGCUACACAGUGGGGCUCUAAGCUGGAUGUGGUGGAAGUGCUGUGCUUUAGGGACAGAACUCUGCAGGGGAGCCGCUCCAUUCAACACAGCCUCAUCUUCCAAGUCAAGCUACCUGAACUUCCCAGCACCUCAGUGUGUCCUAAAAGUGUUGGUUGGGAGAAGAACCCAAAGGGAGCCUUGGGUCCCAGGAUGGUCAACCUGAGUGAAUGUAUGGACCCUAAAAGGCUUGCAGAAUCAUCAGUUGACCUGAACCUUAAGCUGAUGAGAUGGAGACUGGUUCCUUCAUUAGACUUGGACAAAGUUGUCAACACCAAGUGUCUUCUUCUGGGGGCUGGGACCCUCGGCUGUAAUGUGGCCAGGACUCUCAUGGGAUGGGGAGUGAGACGUAUCACGUUUGUCGAUAAUGCAAAGAUCUCGUACUCCAAUCCAGUUCGACAGCCGCUUUAUGAGUUUGAGGACUGCCUCGGAGGAGGAAAAUCCAAAGCUCCUGCAGCCGUUGACCGUCUUACCAAAAUCUUCCCUGGUGUGAAUGCAGAGGGUUAUAACAUGAGCAUCCCAAUGCCCGGCCACCCAGUGAAUUUUUCCCAGGCUACUCUUUCGCAGGCCCAGAAAGACGUGGAGCAGCUGGAGAAGCUCAUUUCAGAGCACGACGUUGUGUUUCUGCUCAUGGAUACGAGAGAGAGCCGCUGGCUGCCUACAGUGAUCGCUGCCAGCAAGAGAAAGCUGGUGGUGAACGCUGCCUUAGGCUUUGACACGUUUGUCGUGAUGCGUCAUGGCCUUAAGAAACCUUCGGACCAUCAGACUGUUUCCACAGAAACAGACUCUUCCCCUUCGUGUUCCUCUGCUUCCUCCUCAUCCUCCACACCGGCUGGAUCUGCUCCUCGUGUUCAAGGGUCCUCCCUGUUCUCCAACAUCCCGGGUCAUAAACUAGGCUGCUACUUCUGCAACGAUGUCGUUGCACCAGGAGAUUCUACCAGGGAUCGGACCUUGGAUCAGCAGUGCACAGUUAGCAGACCAGGCCUUGCUAUGAUUGCUGGGGCUCUAGCUGUGGAGUUGAUGGUGUCCAUCUUACAACACACUGAAGGGGGCUAUGCAGUGGCCAGCAGCAGUGACGACAGGAUGAAUGAACCUCCCACKUCUUUGGGUCUUGUACCACAUCAGAUUCGAGGCUUUCUCUCCAGGUUUGAUAACGUCCUCCCUGCCAGUUUGGCCUUUGACAAAUGCACGGCCUGCUCUCCUAUUGUAUUGGACAACUAUGAGCGGGAAGGCUUCAGAUUUCUGUCCAAGGUUUUCAAUUCCUCCCACUCCUUUCUGGAGGACCUGACAGGGCUGACACUGUUGCACCAGGAGACACAGGCUGCAGAGUCUUGUGCUGGCACAGAGGGCCCACUGAGCUGUCAGUGAGUGGGAGUUCAAGCAAAAGAGAAUCAGGAAAACUACCACUGGCUCCAUCUCAACGCGGGGACUUUCCACUGCUUGGGCCUCAUGUAUCCCGUCUGACUUUUCCCAAACAAAACAAAAACCACACUAAAUUUGACAGCAUUUUUUUUCUUUUUACAAAGUUACUCAUACUGAUGUGUAAAUAAAUUAAAAAACUGUACUCUUAGUGCUCAAUUCUACUUUAAUUUCAAUCAGUGUUGAUUAGAUUUUGAACAACUUACAAUGCAUUUGCGUUGCAGAAAUAAAUAUUACCCCCCAAAUUAGUGCAGAGUAGUAUUAUAUUGCUGACUUAAUAAUUUAAACUAAACAUUUAUAAAAAUUGAUGUAUAUUCUGUCCAACAUUAAGAUAUAUGUGAACCUAAAAUCUAAAUAGUUUAUAUUGAUAUGAAGAAUCACUGAAAAAUUCACAGCAUGCACUGAAAAAUUAAAUUGUCUGUUUCUUGCACAAUUCCACAUUUACUUAGUUUUUGCAUGGCCUCAGAAACAUAAUAGCUAGUCCUCCUCUCUCUCUUUGGCAUGUUCCAGCUUGUCCUACUGUGACCAUGGCAACAAGGGUGACAUCAUUGUUUUUGGCAGGGCAGAAGGGUGGCAAUAAAGAAAGAGGACUGUGACACCGCACUGUCCAAUCAGCAUCCAGGGACACACAACAGCUUAUCAGCGAGUGCGGCACUCAACAAAGAGGAAACCUGUGAGAGUUUCCCCUGCAAACAAGAACGACAAUUGACUGUAAAGAGUCAAACUCUGCUGACUUAGCUCUAACUCAACACUGAACCCAAACAUCAUCAAAACUGAAAUAAGGUCAGCAUAUUAUUGCAGGACAUUUAACGUGCUAAAGCUUAUACAGUGCAAUUUGUACUGACCGCGACAACAUAUGGUUCCUCGUUUUUUUUGUUUGCAGUCUGUGUAUUAAUCUUUGACCGUGCCAAACCUUCAAUCCAAAAAAAAAAAAGUUUGGUGAUGUUUUUGGUAGUAAAGACAUAACAGGCUAACAUUUGCACAGAGGGUAAAAUAAAAUGCAAAAAUAGGCAGAAGAACACACUGACACAAGAACAAUGCUACAAAAGAGCAAAAUUUGUGCAAUUUUCUGCAAAUUGCAAACAAAUCAUAGAACCAGGAACAAGAAAGCAAAAAUAUAAAAUCUCACACAACCAAAGGGGAAAAAUGUCCAUUUUCUUUUAUGUAGAAAAAAAUUUGCACCCGCUUUAGUCUACGUUUAAGACCUAAUUUGUACAUCAGGUUGUGCUAAAUGUUUGUUUUAAGAGCCCACCAAAUGUAUAUUUUUUUCUGUAAACCAGGAAGACAAUCAGUGGAACAAGGGCAGGACCAGAAGUAAAACUCCACUCUUCUUCCUCAGUUCAUUAGGUCUACAUGAUCAAAGCCUCUUUCUCUUGAUAGAACUUCAAACAGCUUGGAAUCAGGAUGAGAUUGGAUUACAAACUGAGGUGAACCUCUCUCUCUUUCAUUUUCAUCUUUUUUCCCUCGCACUCUCCUUCCCCCUUUUGGAUACUUAAAUAAAGAUUAGUUCUAACAAGUCCUCUCUCUCUCUGCAAAACAGCAAAGUAGUUAUUUUUGGCCUAGAUUCUCAGAAACCCGUAGUGCCUCUGGKUUGCUUUUAUCCCUAUCCAUAGAGAUUUUAAACUUUAAGUUUUCAAAAGGACACACGAAAAAUAAUAAUAAAUCUCCAUUGAAGUUAUUGAUUGUUUGGGCUGAACUUUUAAACCUUGUGUUAGACUUGUUUAACUUCUGACGGAAAGAAAAAAAAAGAAAAACAAAGCAAAGUGCCAGACAUUAAGGAGGUUUUAAGUCCUGUUUAUUUUUUUCCUAGUCAGCAUUACUCUCCUCUUCUCCAUGGUAGGCUUACAAAUGAUGGCAGAAAGCCAGAAACGGAUGAACUAACAAACAGAGAGUACUAAAACUUCCUAGAACUGUGUAGUGCAUACUUUACCAUCGAACCUAUCCAAAUAUCCUUCACUAAAGAAUGACAGAUUCUCAAAUGUCUGAAAUAAAGAUUUGAAAACAAAACAAAAAAAAUGAAACAAUGUGAACUUGAAUUAAAAAUAACCUUGCAGCUAGAAACUAUUUAGCAAAGAAAAAAAAGCAUUUUAUGUAAGGAUAUACAAACCYCUGAAGAGUUCAUAAGAGUUCCACUGUUUUGCUCCACACCACAACAUGGCUAUUUGCUUUUUACUUUUGUCUUUAUGGUUUUAGUACCUGACAGUGCAAAAUACGACCGUGUCACUGCCUGUAAGUGRCUGAAAUCUGUCAUCAAGGAUAUUGUGGAGUAACAUUUAUCACUCAACCCAAAAAUUGGCACACCCAUCAAUGUGGGAGUUGUYACGCAAGAUUUUGUUUUUCUCCACUCUGAAUUGUAACAAAUAAAAAGAUACAGRGAAGAGCAGACACUGAUAGCACUGAAGAUAAUUGUCACUUAUUGUCAAUUAUAUUAACAAGACCCAAGGACUUGGCUGUCCUUAUUUAAACUGAUUAAAACCUGGAGCAUGUCCAAUAUUGGAUAAACUACAGAGCAUAAACACCUGAGUCUGAUUUAAUUUGUUCAAUUAAAAAAAACAAGAUGAAGUCUAACGCUUUAUGCUAAAAUUUCUUUGAGCAAGCGAUUAAGCAUUACAUCCCUGUGGGAGUCAGGAUAGUGUAAACUAUUCAAACGUUUCAUUAUCACAUUGUGACUGAGGUUAUUCAAAAUCAUCAGCAUUAUUUAGCACUGAAUACAUCUAACAAGCAGACAUAUUUUAACAAACCACAUAUAAAAGCAUCUACCUCUUUUAAGAAGUUCAUGGCUGAGCAUGUGUGAGAUAAACAGUGCCAUGCUUGUGCUUGCACAUGCACAUGCGUGUCAACAAUUACAACAAAGUGAUAGCUUCAGAAGAGGCCUGAGGCAGCAAGGACAGAGCACCGGUAUGAGCAUGUAUGUGUGUUUGCCAGAAAACGCAUUUAGGUAGGUGUGCUCAUGCACAUAAUACAAGUCAGGACACUCACAGUAUCACAAAGCUUUUCCAAUUUUUACUUGCUCAACAUGUUUAAGCUCUGGGGGCUUUUCUUUCACGAUUCUUUUUUUUUUUCUUUUAAUGCUAAGCUCCUUUCCCAAUUCUUUUUAUCUUUGUUUUCUUAUCAAGAGGCAUGUGAUGAAGUCAGAUUUUAGCUCAGUCAGCUAAAAACACUUAGGAAAACUGAAAAAUAAACAGACAGAUCCAAUCUGUCAGGAAAUGCAUCCAGAGACCAAAUGGAUUUAGGUUCAACAAAGUGACACCGAGUGGAUCCUGAAAUAUAAAUAUAUACCACUCCUUCUAACUGAUGUAAUUCACAGAAACAGGCUGAAACCUGGAGAAGAUGUAGCUUCAUGCUAACACACACACACACACACACACACACACACACACACACACACACACACACACACACACACCUCUGGCUCUGACAGGCAGCCACCCCAGGCUACACCUUCAGUGCAGAGUUCUGCACAGCCUCUAAAAUUUUACAAGUGUCCAAACUACUGAGCAAAACUAAACAGGUUGCACGUUUAAACACAGUUUAAACCGUGGACCGUAGUCUCACAUGCAGUUUGUCAAAUAGGAAUUGGAGAAGACUCAAACAAGUUCAAGUAAUCCAUCAGAACCCAAAAAAUAAAAAAAAUAAAAAUCACCUCUGCUGAGAGAGUUCUUAGUCCCAUGGCAAAAGCUGCUACUUUUAACAUUUU